UCCGCCCGGCUGAGCUGCUGCCGCUGGUGGCCUGAGGAAGCUGAGGCGCGGGGCCCGAAGCCGAGAGGAAGCUGGACGGCGUCGGGCGCGAGGGCGGGCGUCCCCGGAGUCGUAGCGCGGGAGUCGGCCGUCGGCACUUGGCCUCCUUACUUGCAGGUUCCCUCCCGGGACGCGGGAGAACCCGGAGCGCGGCGGGGGUGCGAGGUGGAGCAGGCGGGGGCGGCCAAUGCGAAACUGGCUGGUGCUGCUGUGCCCGUGUGUGCUCGGGGCCGCGCUGCACCUCUGGCUGCGGCUGCGCUCCCCGCCGCCCGCCCGCGCCUCGGGGGCCGGCCGGGCAGAUCAGUUGGCCUUACUUCCCCAGUGGAAAUCUAGGCAUUAUGAUGUGGUAGUUGGUGUGCUGUCAGCCCGCAAUAACCAUGAACUUCGCAAUGUGAUAAGAAGCACCUGGCUGAAGCAUUUAGUACAACACCCAGCAUUAAGUCAACGUGUGCUUGUGAAGUUCAUAAUAGGUGCUCAUGGCUGUGAGGUGCCUGUGGAAGACAGGGAAGAUCCUUAUUCCUGCAAACUACUCAACAUCACGAAUCCAGUUUUGAAUCAGGAAAUUGAGGCGUUCAGUCUUUUGGAAGACACUUCAUCAGGGCUCUCUGAGGACCGAGUUGUCAGCGUGAGCUUCCGAGUUCUCUAUCCAAUCGUUAUUACCAGCCUCGGGGUGUUUUAUGAUGCCAGUGAUGUGGGUUUCCAGAGGAACAUCACUGUCAAGCUUUAUCAAGCAGAACAGGAGGAGGCCCUCUUCAUUGCUCGCUUCAGUCCUCCGAGCUGUGGGGUGCAGGUGAACAAGCUGUGGUACAAGCCUGUGGAGCAGUUCAUCUUACCAGAGAGCUUUGAAGGUACAAUCGUGUGGGAGAGCCAAGACCUCCAAGGCCUUGUGUCAAGGAAUCUCCACAAAGUGACACUCAAUGAUGGGGGAGGAGUUCUCAGAGUCAUCACAGCUGGGGAGGGUGCCUUGCCUCAUGAAUUCAUGGAAGGUGUGGAGGGAGUUGCAGGUGGCUUUAUUUAUACUAUUCAGGAAGGUGAUGCUCUCUUAAAAAAUCUUCAUUCUCGCCCUCGAAGACUUCUUGAUCAUAUAAGUAAUCUCCACGAGGAGGAUGCCUUACUGGAGGAGGAAAGCAGCCUCUAUGAUGAUAUUGUGUUUGUGGAUGUUGUUGACACUUACCGAAACGUUCCUGCAAAAUUAUUGAACUUCUAUAAAUGGACUGUGGAAACAACCAGCUUUGAUCUGUUGCUAAAGACGGAUGACGACUGUUACAUAGACUUGGAAGCUGUAUUUAAUAGAAUCGCCCUUAAGAAUCUGGAUGGGCCUAAUUUUUGGUGGGGAAAUUUCAGAUUGAAUUGGGCCGUUGACCGAACCGGGAAGUGGCAGGAACUGGAGUACCCCAGUCCCGCUUAUCCCGCCUUUGCGUGCGGCUCAGGGUAUGUCAUCUCCAGGGACAUCGUCCACUGGCUGGCUGGCAACUCGGGGAGAUUAAAGACCUACCAGGGUGAAGAUGUAAGCAUGGGCAUUUGGAUGGCAGCCAUAGGACCUAAAAGAUAUCAGGACAGCCUGUGGCUGUGUGAGAAGACCUGUGAAACAGGAAUGCUGUCUUCCCCUCAGUAUUCUCCGCAAGAACUAACACAGCUGUGGAAACUGAAGGAGUUGUGCGGUGAUCCUUGUCGGUGUGAAGCAAGAGGAGGAUGAGGUCAAUUCGCAGUGUUAAAGGACAACAGAAGUUCUGACACAGGAACUCUGAGAAGACGUGACAGCAAGCCUUUCACCUUUUGAAUUGUCAUGGAUUCUAUCAAGGAAAAGAAAAACCAUCAAGUUCUCUCAAAGGACAGUUACCUGUAAAAUGAGCUCACGUGACAAGACCACAACUGUAAUGACAGCUGUCACUGUCAUUUCAUACUAUCAAUUUACCCAGGUAAAUGAUCAGGGAACGGCUCACCCACCACGUGGGCCACCAGAUCAGUGUCACCACUUAGGGGGUCGUUUGGGAGGCUGGGGAAACGGAGCCGAUGAUUGACCUAAGUGCCCUUUGAUGAUGAGUUUUCAUACCAUUUCAGCAGUGUUUAAUAGUUCCUCCUUAACCUGAAUAAACCAGAAAUCAUAUUCUCAGCACAGAAGAAUAAACGUGAGUGAAAUCAUUAACUUUUUAAACCUUUGUGCUUACUUACUUACUUAUGAGGUACUGAGAGAACGCUGGCAUGGGGCUCGGGCGCCAUGAGGACGCGUCUCAGUCUCUCUGGGUUUAGUUUCCUCCUCUGUAAAGUGAGGUGUAGACUAAUGCUCCACAAGCCCCCUUCCAGCGCUCCCCGUCUGUAAUCAUUGUGGUUUAUGUGUGUAAUGCGAUACACAUACAGGGACCACCAGGCAUGGCAAUGUAACUUAAUGAGGAAAAGCUUUGGUUUGUUCAGAAAACACUAUGAACUUCUCUCCAAAGAUGGGUAUGGUAAAUACUGGAUGUCUGAUUAUGAGCAAUACAGUUUCUUUGAAGCUUUAGCUGGAGGUACAGCAAUAGUGUGGUGUUCCUACAACAAUCACAUGUAUUCAAACAAAUAUUUUUCUAUCAAAAACAAUUUUUGUAAAAGCUGUUUUUAUGCAACUUGUGAUAAUAAAUGUUUAUUUUAGAAUACAAACUGGCCCUUUUCUUGUUUAUGUACUGAAUAUAGACACUGAAUAGAUUACAGUGUUGAUUAACAUAAUUUGCUCUUUUAUUUGUGAAUAUAUGAUAGAUAAUCUUGUCCUUUCAAAAGAUUUAGGUGGACUGGCUUUCCUUGUGCAGAGGGUGGUUAGUGCUGGCUUAACUCUGCUGAGUUCAGAGAAUAUAGGACUCAGAUUUGGAAUCGCCUGAAGCAUAAUGAUGAUAUAUAAUUUCUCUAAUCUCUGCUAGUUCCACCUGAGGAUGAAUAAAACUCAGACCGUGAACACCGUGGGAGGUCGGGGAGGAGCCAUCAGCCCGGGACAGCACUCAUUUGCGCUCUCCACAGUGCCUGACCCAGAGGGUUCUGCGCCUUCCCAGGGGAAGCCCAGGAAAGGAAACUUAACACAGCCCUAGCGAGAACAUUCUUGAGCACGUUCCCACAAGUUGAUUUCACGUAAGAGAAGGAAAAGUGCAAACACGUCCAAAGCUAACUGCUUUUAACAGAAAGUCCUGGCCCUCUCCCACUCGUCUGUCCCCAUGCAUGCCCUUACUGACAGAAGUUAAGUCUGAAAACAGAAUAAUGAAGCGGGGACCACUCAUUUUAAUUCAUCAUUAUGUAACAGUGGCAACAUUACACUUCACAGGCAUAGAAACUGGAUUUCUAGUAAGUAAAAAUGGAGCAAUACUGGUAAUUUGAUACUAGAUGAUGGUUCUGGAUCAUAAAGGUACUUCUUUGGGCACAACCAAAGCCUUCCAUAAGCAAUACCAUGAUAAGCUUGUUUUAUUUGAUAAAAAUGAAUUAAAAAAUCAAUGUGAAUUCACUGCACUGACAGGGAAACAGAAGGGUAUUUCACUAGAGUCAUUUACGGUAAUAGAUAUUUUAUUUCUUCUUCAAAUCCUCACUGUGCUAAAUUUAAGCUGUUUAUAUUUUAG